UUUUCCCUGAGCAGGAAGGAAAGGAUAAUAUCAACGCAAAACAUCUUUCUACGGAACACAUUUUAAGAUGUCUCUCAAUAUCCCAAAUGCCCCAAACUCUAAUCUUUUCAAACAAGGUUACCAAAACUAUGAUUCUGAAGAUGGAGCAGUUAUUCGUAACAUCGAUGCAUGCCGGACUAUUGCCUCAACAGUUCAAACUUCUUUGGGACCUUAUGGACGAAACAAGAUUGUCAUUAACCAUCUGCAAAAGAUGAUCCUCACAUCAGAUGCCGCAACUAUCCUUCGAGAACUCGAUGUUGUCCACCCCGCAGCAAAGCUUAUCGUCAUGGCCAGUCAGCAACAAGAAGCCGAGAUGGGAGAUGCUACAAACUUAGUCAUUGUUCUUGCAGGAGAACUCUUAAAGAAAGCUGAGGACCUGUUAAGAAUGGGUUUAAAAGCUAGUGAUAUAGUUAUAGGUUACGAGCGAGCACAGAAGUUUGCUUUAGAAGAGUUAGAGAACUUGGUAGUAGACAAAGUAGAGGAUAUGCGAUCGCAGGCCGAACUCAGCAAAGCUAUUCGAACUGUUAUUGCAAGCAAACAAAACGGCAACGAGGAUUUCUUAGCAAACAUGGUCGCCGAAGCUGUUUUGGCCGUUCUCCCAAAGAACCCAAUCAACUUCAACGUCGAUAACAUCCGAGUCGUCAAGAUUAUGGGAGGAAGCUUAGAACAGAGUAGGGUUGUCAAGGGUAUGGUUUUCGGCCGUGAACCAGAUGGAUCAGUCAAGAAAGCCUCCAGGGCAAAGGUUGGUGUAUUCUCAUGCCCAAUCGACAUCAGUCAAACAGAAACCAAGGGUACCGUUUUAUUACAUAACGCCAAGGAGAUGUUAGAUUUCACAAAGGGAGAAGAGAACCAGUUGGAGACUGCCAUUAAGGAGCUUUACGAUUCCGGUCUACGAGUCGUCGUUGCUGGUUCUACCGUAGGUGAACUUGCUAUGCAUUACCUUAACCGCUUUGGUAUUUUGGUCAUCCGCAUUCUCAGCAAAUUCGAACUCAGGAGAUUAUGUAGAGUUGUCGGUGCUACUCCACUAGCUCGACUUGGAGCACCAAUGCCUGAUGAGAUGGGAAGUGUUGAUAUUGUGGAGACCCUCGAGAUUGGUGGAGAUAGAGUCACAGUUUUCAGACAAGAAAACGAAACCACAAAAACUGCCACUUUAGUCCUUCGAGGAGCAACAAUGAAUCAUCUUGAUGAUGUCGAGCGUGCUGUUGAUGAUGGGGUCAACGUCGUUAAGGCUAUCACGAGAGAUCCAAGACUCGUACCAGGUGCCGGAGCUACAGAGAUUCAAUUGGUUGAGAGGAUACAAGCUUUUGGUGACAAGACUCCUGGUUUGGCUCAAUACUCCAUUCGCAAGUUUGGUGAGGCUUUCGAAGUUAUUCCAAGAACCAUUGCAGAAAGUGCUGGUCUUGAUGCCACAGAGACGCUAAGCAGACUUUAUACUGCUCACCACAAGCACGACAACUGGAAUACCGGUGUUGAUAUUGAGAAUGAGGAUGAUACCGGAACUCUUGAUGCAAAGCAAGAGGGUAUUUUAGAUCUUAUGAUUUCAAAGAGUUGGGCUAUCAAGCUUGCUACCGAGGCCGCAAGAACUGUGCUCUCUGUUGAUCAGAUUAUUGUUGCUAGACAAGCUGGUGGACCAAAGCCUCCAGGACCAAAUCCUAACUGGGAUGAAGAUUAGAUAUAAUGCAUUAAAAGCGCGUGCGAAUGUAAAAUACCAAGUCGUCAUGAAUUAUGAAAGACAAUUUACGAUGUCCAACGAAUCU